AUGCCGACUUUCACAGCAGCAGAUACGAUUCGAAUACUCAUUGCCACAGAUAGCCAUGUGGGAUAUGCAGAGAAUGAUGCUGUGCGCAAGGACGACAGCUGGAGAAGCUUCGACGAAGUUAUGCGUCUAGCAAAAGAUCGAGAUGUAGAUAUGGUCUUGCUUGCAGGCGAUCUCUUUCACUACAGUCAACCUUCCCGAAAAGCCAUGUACCAAGUUAUGCGAUCAUUGCGAAUGAAUUGCCUAGGAGAGAAACCUUGCGAAUUGGAAUUACUCAGCGACGCAAACGAUAUCUUUGAUGGUUCAUUCAACCAUGUCAAUUAUGAGGAUCCAGAUAUCAAUGUUGCUAUACCAGUUUUUUCCAUUCAUGGCAAUCAUGAUGAUCCGGCUGGAGAUGGAAAUUACUGUGCUUUGGAUUUACUUCAAGCUUCCGGAUUGGUCAAUUACUUUGGUCGAACCCCCGAAGCUGAUCGCAUUCAAAUCAAACCAGUACUUUUGCAAAAAGGUCAAACGAAGCUGGCUCUUUAUGGCAUGAGUAACGUCAGAGACGAGCGCCUUUAUCGUACAUUCAGAGAUGGUCAUGUCAAAUGGUUUAAGCCAGGAGUACAACAAAAGGAUUGGUUCAACAUCAUGGCAGUUCACCAAAAUCACCACGCUCACACAGAAACCUCUUAUUUACCCGAAAACUUUCUUCCUGAUUUUCUAGACUUAGUUGUCUGGGGUCACGAACAUGAAUGUCUUAUUGAUCCAACUUACAAUCCCGAGAAGUCAUUUCAUGUCAUGCAACCUGGAUCAUCAGUAGCUACAUCCUUAGUCCCUGGUGAAGCUGUUCCAAAACAUGUUGCCAUCGCCAGCAUCACUGGUCGUGAAUUCAAAAUCGAGAAGAUUCGUCUCAAGUCUGUACGACCGUUCAUUACAAAAGAAGUUGUCCUCGCUACAGACAAGCGAACUAAACAUCUCGCAAAAGUAAAGGAUAAUCGCACCAAACUUACCAAAGAACUUAUGACCAUAGUGGAUGAACUCAUAGACCAAGCACGCGCUGAAUGGAUCUCCCUUCAAGAUGAACCAGAAGAAGAACUCGACGAUAUUCCCCUCCCUCUCGUCCGUCUCAAGGUUGAAUUCACUCCACCAGAAGGCGGUAAAUUCGACUGCGAAAAUCCCCAACGCUUCUCCAGUCGUUUCAUCAACCGUGUCGCAAACAUAAAAGACGUAAUCCAAUACCACCGCAAAAAAGCCGGUGCGACCCGUAAAUCCGCCACCGAAAUUGAUCUCCCAGAAGAAGGAACUCUCGCCCAAGUUGCCGGUUUCGACGACGUAAAAGUCGAACUUCUGGUUAAAGAAUUUCUCGAAAAACAAUCUCUUCAAGUCCUUCCCACAACCCCCUUUGGCGACGCAGUAGGUCAAUUCGUCGAUAAGGAUGAUCGUCACGCCAUGGAAAUCUUUGUUCAAAAAUCCCUCAAAGCUCAAGUUGAAGAACUCAUCAAACAAGCCAACGGCGCAGACAACGAAGUCGGAGACGAAGACGAAUAUCUCAAUGCGGCCAUGGAAAAGUUUCGCGCUCAACAAGAAGCACUCGCCGCCCGCUCAGGAAGCAAAUCCAAAAACCCCGCCAAGAAACUCAAACCUAAACCCAGACCCGCAGAUUUCGACUCAGAUCUUGAUGGAGAAUGGGGCGAGAAAGUCGAACAUUGUGAGACAGAUAACGGAGAAAACAACGAUGAUGAUAGCGACGACGCACCACCCGCUCCCCCACCCAAACGCGGAAACGGCACCGGAAACGGAAAGAAUACAAGCGGAUUCAUCAUCAGCGACGACGACUCCGAUGAUCCUUUCGCUGAAGUUGUAGGCGAAGAACCUAAACCCACCACCACCAAAAAAACACCCGCCAAACGUGCCCCAGCCAAGAAAACCGCAGCGCCCAGAAAAACUCCCGCUAAACCAACCACCACAUCAAGAAGCAGAAAAAAGGUCCCCGAGCCCGAACCAAGCGAUGACGAAGAUGAAGACGUAGAAAUGGAAGAAGCGCCUGCGCCUACGCCAGCGGCCAAACCAAAGAGUCAACCGAAGAGAGCGGCUGCAGCGCGCGGAAGACAAACACAAACACAGUUGACUUUUUCGCAGCCGAGUCAGGUGACGGGGGGAGGAGGAGGGGGGAGAAAAAAACAGGUGGUUGAGUUGAGUGAUGAUGAGAUUAGUGAGGAUGAUGACGAUGCGUUUCAACCGAUGAGUGCGGUUAGUUCGGGGAGGGCGAGACGGAGAUAG